AUGAGAGCAGCAUUUUUACCCUUGCUGACCCUUUUCGGUCACCACGCCUUUGCACGGUCUACGUCGCGGACUGCCACCGGCUCUUCGUUAGCUAAUUCAACAGGAUUUCCUACCACCGACGGCCUUGACUUCAAUAUCGAUGGUACUACCUCGUAUUAUGCAGGAACGAAUACUUAUUGGCUCGCAUUCUUAAACAACAACAGUGAUGUCGACCAUGUACUCGAUGACCUAGCAUCUUCUGACCUGAAGAUACUUCGAAUUUGGGGAUUUAAUGAUGUCAAUACAAUUCCGGCUUCUGGGACAGUCUGGUUCCAGCUUCAUGCAAACGGCACGUCCACCAUUAACACAGGAACCGAUGGCCUCCAGAAACUUGAUUAUGUUGUCAGUUCAGCCGAGUCCCGAGGAGUCAAAUUGAUCAUCAACUUCGUCAAUAACUGGGACGACUAUGGAGGAAUGUAUGCUUACGUCGUCGCUUAUGGAGGCAACCAAACAAGCUGGUACACCAACAGCCAAAUUCAAACAGCCUACCAAACAUACAUCAAGACUGUUGUCAACCGAUAUAGCUCAUCAUCAGCUAUAUUUGCGUGGGAGUUGGCCAAUGAGCCCCGCUGCAAUGGAUGCGACACAUCUGUUAUCACGGAUUGGGUGAAUGCCACGAGUGCCUACAUCAAAUCUUUGGAUCCUAACCACCUGGUUACUAUCGGUGAUGAGGGAUUCGGCCUUACGAACGGAUCGGAUGGUUCGUAUCCAUACACGUUCGGGGAAGGGCUUGACUUUACGACAAACUUGAACAUUCCUACCAUCGACUUUGGUACUUUGCAUUUAUAUCCCGAUAGCUGGGGAGAAGCCUUGAGUUGGGGUAGUAGUUGGGUUUCCACCCACGGGGCCGCCUGCGCAGCGGUAGGGAAGCCGUGCAUUUUGGAGGAAUUUGGAACAAGCUCUGACCAGUGUGCAAACGAGGGCCCUUGGCAAGCUACCGCCCUCAAUACCUCUGGUAUCGCGGCCGAUAUGUUUUGGCAGUACGGCGAUACUUUAAGCACCGGGGAGUCGCCCGACGACGGGAACACUAUAUACUAUGGAAGCGACAUCUACACAUGCAUAGUGACCGACCACAUCCAAGCAAUCGGUUAA